AUGGAAAUAAACGCGGCCCAGCAAGCAGAAGAUUCCAUAGCUGAAGAAAUGAGGUGGUUCUGGGAUAACGAGGAGGCUGAGAGUGACAGUGUCCCUGAGAGUGGUCCUGACAGUGACGCCGAUCACAGUGACACUGACGACAACGACACUUUGACUGAAACGAAUGAGGUUCCUCAGCAGAUCUCUUUAACUGUGGCUAAACCCGGAGAUAAUGUGACUCUGACAUGUGCGCUCUCUGGAAGUGAUAAAGGGUUGUUUUACUGGUAUAAGCUGAAUUUUGGAUAUAUGGUUCAAACAGUUGCUGAAGGAAGUUUUGACAAAAUAUUUCAAAAGAACAACUCAAGAUUCAGUGCCACAAAAGUGGGUAAUGUGCAUUCUCUUAUCAUAAGAAAUGUAAGCAAAAAAGAUGAAGCAACGUACUUCUGUCAAGCAGGAUCAUCAUUCAGUAUGAGAUUUAAAAAUGGCACAAUUGUGGCAGUGAAUGAUCCUAAAACGCAAAAUACAUUUGUCACCAUGAAGAAAAGUCGAGAAGUGGAGCCAGUCCAUGUGGGUAAUGCAGUCACUCUGCAGUGUUUGCUCCUCUCCAAGAACAAAACUGAGACAGAUCAGUGUCCAUAUGGUGAAACAUCUGAUAGUGGGACCUACUACUGUACUCUGGUAACAUGUGGACAGAUCCUGUUUGGGGAAGGAGCUAAAGUGGAGACCAAGGAGUUCCUGCUCGUUACUGUGCUUGGAGCACUGCUGGCCUGCGCUGUGUUUGUGAACUUUGCACUGAUUCUCACCAAAAAGAAAAAAGAAAGAAAAAAGAAAAAACAACCUCGCGAGCACUGCAAAGGUCUCAACAUCCCAGUAAGCUUUGAACUGCUGGGUAACAAACGUCUCCGAAAACAUGAGAACGCUUUUGCAAGUAUUUGA